AUGGCGGAGCUGUUUAAAAAAGAUGCUGAACCUCCUCUGUGCUUCCAAAGCACGUCUGCCCUUGCUUUGCACUCCUGGGUUAGUAAGAAUUUGAGUCGUUCGUUCCCCUCGAGCGAAGUGAAGAACACUCCUGUGAAGUGGGCUAACUGGAUUGACAGGCUACUCCCACGGUAUGGAGCUCACUGUAAAAUGGCUGGAAUUCAUGAUGCCAUCCACCUAUCCAAGCAAUCUAUCAAUACGGAUGAGAAUCUUCUUGAUGCCGCUCUGUGUUUUUGGAAUUCUGCCAGUAACACUUUCGAUUUUCGUGUGGGCCCCAUGGCUCCGACUCUGCUGGAUAUGGUGCAGAUCUUUGGGUUCAGGCCCCAUGGAAGAUCUGUGGAUGUAGUAGGUGAUUACCAUAGGAGAAAGAACCAGGAGAAACUACCCAAGCCUUUCACCAUCUCUCCAGCCCUCAUCAACCAGAACUGCUCCUUCUCUAAUUACUUGAGAAAGUUUAGUGCUGAGAAGGACAAGGAUCAGCAACAUAUGCUUUUCCUUCUGUACUGGCUGAACAGAUUUGUCUUUCCAAAUCGCUCCUCAGCAGUUUUGCUUGAAUACAGACAUCUGGCAAAAGUGCUUCACAAUCAUACUGACGUAGGGCUUGGGCUUACCAUUCUGGCUUAUCUUUCCAAGAACCUGCACGCCGCCACCCUAGAGAAUCCACUAAACUUGUCUGCUCCUGGCACAUUUUGGAUGAUUCAGAUCUGGUUGCAGGUCUACUUCCCAGAGCUGAGGUUUCCAGAUAUAGUUCUGCCCGUGGAUCAAGUUUUGGCCCUUCCUCUGAUGUCGGCUGAAGUGCCUAAGCGAUCAAUCUAG